AUGUUUGUUUCAGCUCAGUGGUUGUGCGGCUUGUUUGAUGAGAGGCAGAACGUGAAGAACCCGUCUGUGGCCGCCGGUCUGGAGAGGACUCUGGCCGCCUAUAUGAACCAGGGUCUGUUGUUGGUGGGUCUGGGCACCACUCUGAUGAUGUUUGAGGAGACGAGACCGAACCUGGCUGGCUGGAUCCUGGUGCCGGCUGGCGCUGUCCACAUCGUCUGGUCAUGGUUGGAGUACUACUUCCGAAUGCGAGCACUGCGCAACAAUAAGGAACACCGCGCCAUGAAUUACAGGAGGAGCAUGGUGUGGACGGCUGUCCUGGUGGCGCUGAUGUUGCUGGUGGUGGGCCUGAAUAUGGUCAGUAACAUCAAGUACGGCUUCGUCGGGAUCAGCCUGCCCCAGAAUUCAGCAGAGCAGCAGGCUGCAAGCGUCACGGGGUCGCCAUGACGACGGGCAGCAGGCACAGAACGUCGCUAGGUUGCCAUGACAACCAAAAGACAAUCAACACCGCGUGUCCAUGACGACGAGAAUGCUGCAAUCAGCACCGUGUCUCCAUGACGACGAGAAUGCUACAAUCAGCACCGUGUCUCCAUGACGACGAGAAUGCUACAAUCAGCACCGUGUCUCCAUGACGACGAGAAUGCUACAAUCAGCACCGUGUCUCCAUGAC